AUGUUGUCCCGAGCCCCACGACCAAAUAACCGCCUCAUCGUGGUCUGCAGUUGCAUUAAAAAUGUGUCGGGGUGGCCAUUCUGGAAGUUUCAGCAAAUGAGGAAGGUAAAGGGCGUUACCGAUCUUUGCAUGCUUGCCUUUAACUCCAGUGGUGGGAGCUUUGAAGCAAGUAUCACUGGGAGCGACUACACAUUGAAGAACUACGAAAAUGUUGUUGGCUAUCGUCAGGACAUGCUUGAAGACUUUCUACAGCGUUGCCACGACCCCGGUCGGAGUUAUUUUGUGUACGGUGGUCAUGGGAUGGGAGAUUACCUGGAAUUAGAGGAGAACAAACUGGCGUUGCAAUGCCAUGAGCUCGCCUCCAUUCUCGGCAAGCGAAAAUUUGAGGCGAUGGUCUUUGAUUCGUGUUUUAUGGCCAGUCUCGAAUGCGCUUAUCAACUACGCCAUAACACACGUUACAUUGGGGCCUGUGAGGGUUAUGUGUGGGCACCUGACCCCAACCUUGACCAACACGUCUUUAACCAGUACUCUGCCUCUGCUAUGAGUCGCUUUAAACAUCCAAAAAACAUCCUACUUGCCAUCCAGAGAGACUACUGCAACAAGUCUCCUCUCGCCGACUUCGCUGUGUUGGAUACCACUCAUGUGGAGUCGCUCAAGAAGUAUGUUGAAGAACAUGUGAUGCAGCGAGUAUACGAUCGAGCAACGUUUUACAACAGUGAGCAGCAGCAGAGGUUGAGUAGUAUCGCACAGAAAGAAUUGCAAAACGCCUAUGAGGAUAUCAAAUGUGGAGCCAAGAUGCUAGCUGCCGCGCCGUUAACAGCACAGGCGCCCUUAUGCACGGCGCUGCGGAGAGAUUCGGGGGACCUAAUUCCAAAGAAGAAGAAGAGGGAGCCGGCUCGCUUAGCUCUUUUGCGGGCUGCGCAUUUUGAACAUGCUUUAUACCCUUCGGAGGUGGAUGACAAGCACAUACUCGACCUAAAAUCCUAUCUUAUUGACAUGGCGCGUGAGGAGGAGGAGGGAGCCCUUGUUCUGCCAAAAGGGAGUGAGUUAAUAUCAACAUCAGGUGCCUGUGGUGCCCUUAAGGGACCGCCACCACGUACCGGUGUUGUGGAGGUUCAUGGUAGCCUUCCACCGCGGGAAACACAUAAUAGCGCACGAUACGGGCGAGACAGCCGCCAUAAAGGCCUCGACCUAUUCCACCGUGUCGUUAUUAGUCAUAGACAACCCCGUAGAAAGAGCAUAUACGCUUCGCACUUGGGUGGGCUCUCUUUCCCCGUGUUGGAAUACAGCCCAUUGUCGAAGCCGCUGCGGGAUUGGGAGGGUAUGGACAAGAAGGAGUUGUUGCGAAAAGCAAGGGAGUUCCUACGAAAGGGUGUUGUGGAGGGUGUUCAGAUGAGUGAGAGUGGAGCCAGCGAAUGUGGUGUUAGGGGUGGCAGUAGCAGCAUCACCGAAAAUAGUGAUAGCGUGGCGUCAUCCAUGGUUUCUCCACAGAAUGUGAAGUUGGGAAUUGCACCGUCAGCAUUAAUGCGCGCAUCAUUGACGACACCAUCGUCGGGAGCUCCAGGACAAACCGUGAGCAGUGAGAACGGCUAA